AAAUAAAAAUUGUAUCCGUGAGAGACGGAACAAAAGUUUUUGAAUAAUAAGCAGAAAAUAAAAUAGGAGGUGAAACGCUUCAAACUCCAAAGGAGAGAGUUUUCUUUGGUCUCUGUAUCAAAUUUUACAGCCAAAGAGGCAAAUCGGCGAUCUAGCUCCGGUAACGCGAGCUUCAGUAUCUCCGUUCGAGAACCCAAACAAUGGGGAUGAUAGAAGAUGUUCAAUUGAUUGGGUUGCAGAUAUCUCCGACCGGUCCCAAUGGGACUAAUUCUUCUGUACCAGCACCUACCCCUGGGAAGGAGCAGCAGGCCGCUGGCGUUGGAAUCCUUCUUCAGAUCAUGAUGUUGGUUCUCUCCUUCGUCCUUGGUCAUGUCCUUCGUCGUCACAAGUUUUAUUAUCUUCCCGAAGCGAGUGCUUCCCUUUUGAUAGGUUUAAUUGUUGGUGUACUUGCUAACGUCUCAAAUACUGAAAAUAACAUCAGGGCUUGGUUCAAUUUUCAUGAGGAAUUUUUCUUCUUGUUCCUCUUACCUCCAAUCAUAUUUCAAUCAGGGUUCAGUCUUUCACCUAAACCUUUCUUCUCAAAUUUUGGAGCCAUUGUCACGUUUGCUAUUUUAGGAACUUUCAUAUCUUCAAUUGUUACUGGUGUUUUAGUUUACCUUGGUGGUCUGGUGUACCUCAUGUACAGGCUUCCUUUUGUGGAGUGUCUGAUGUUUGGUGCUCUUAUAUCAGCUACAGAUCCUGUUACGGUUUUGUCCAUAUUUCAGGAACUUGGAACAGAUAUGAACCUAUAUGCCUUAGUUUUUGGAGAAUCUGUUCUGAAUGACGCAAUGGCAAUUUCACUGUACAGGACUAUGGCCAUGGUAAAAAGUAAUGCCUCGUCUGGAGAAAACUUCUUCAUGGUGAUUCUGAGGUUUCUUGAGACAUUUGUUGGAUCAUUGUCUGCAGGCGUCGGCGUUGGAUUUAUUUCUGCUUUGCUUUUUAAGUAUGCAGGAUUGGACAUCGAAAAUCUGCAGAACUUGGAGUGUUGUCUUUUUGUUCUUUUUCCAUAUUUCUCGUAUAUGCUUGCAGAAGGUCUUGGCCUCUCUGGUAUCGUGUCAAUAUUAUUCACAGGAAUUGUCAUGAAGCAUUACACGUACUCUAAUUUGUCAGAAAAUUCCCAACGAUUUGUAUCUUCCUUUUUCCAUUUGAUAUCAUCACUAGCAGAGACAUUUGUGUUUAUAUACAUGGGUUUUGAUAUUGCUAUGGAACAGCAUAGCUGGUCACAUGUCGGAUUCAUUUUCUUCUCGAUUAUAUUUAUUGUAGUUGCAAGGGCUGCAAAUGUUUUCUCAUGUGGAUAUUUGGUCAAUUUGGUUAGACCUGCGAAUAGAAAAAUACCACUAAAACAUCAAAAGGCCCUUUGGUACAGUGGACUUCGAGGAGCUAUGGCUUUUGCUCUUGCUUUGCAAUCUGUUCACGAUCUUCCAGAUGGACAUGGCCAGACUAUAUUUACUGCAACCACUGCCAUAGUUGUUUUGACGGUAUUACUGAUUGGAGGCUCAACUGGCACCAUGCUUGAAGCAUUAGAAGUUGUUGGUGAUGACCAUGAUGGUCCAUUGGGUGAAAGUUUUGAAGAAAGUCAUGGGUAUAGUGUCCCAUCUACCCGAAGUUUUGAAGGGAACCAUGGGUAUCAUGCUCCUUCCUAUGACGAGGAAGAUGAAGAACCGUCCUCUGGGAGCAAGCUAAAGAUGAGACUUAAAGAGCUUCACAAGAGCACAACAUCGUUUUCAGCAUUGGAUCGCAACUACCUUACCCCAUUCUUCACAAGUCAAAAUGGAGACGAAGAUCACGAGGAGCUCAUGCCUAGUUCUAGAAGUAGACGAGUGAGUUUUCAUGGUCAUACCUAAUAUGUGAUAUUUCAUUGAGGAACAUAUAUGAUGCAAGAUGGAGUCAACUUGUAUAUACCUUACAAACUUGUUCCCCAAAGCAUAGCUGCCAAGGUGAACUCACAGAACACAAAAAUGUCGUUAGUGUCAUAGUAGUGGAUGUUAACAUCCCAAAGGAGACAUUUAUCUACAGCACGAAGACUGUUUUAGCACAUUCGGACUAUUAGUUGUCAAAUUUGCACAUCAUAUUGAUUGACUCACCACUAAUCUAUUACACUGCACUUGUAAAUACAAGAUUUGGAUACUUGGGAAAUUUAAUGGUCACACAUGAUUCGUCCA